CCCUCCCUCCCUCCUCCCUCAGAGGCAGUAGUGAGUGACACCAGUGGAGAGAGCAAGGCUGGGCUAGCUGAUGUUUCGGCCAGUCAGCACGUCAUGGUCUGUGCCCUUAAAGAGCUGGGCAGCCUCGUCCAGAGCCUCAGCGCUACGGCCUCACCCCUGAUCCAGGAGCCCUCUGUCGGCCUGUUGGAGACGGUGACCUCGGUGCUGCUGCACCCCAGCAUGGCAGCCCGGCUGGCAGCCGCCUGGUGUCUGCGCUGCGUUGCCGUGGCGCUGCCCUAUCAGCUGACCCCGCUGCUGGAGCGCUGCGCCGAGCGCAUCAACAACCUGAAGAGCUCCCCCGAGGCCGUGAGCGGGUACAGCUUCGCCCUGGCUGCCCUGCUGGGAGGGGCGCAUCAGUGUCCCCUGGGCAUCCCACACUCUAAGGGCAAGGUGGGUGACCCUGGCCGCCCACAGUGCUGUGUGCAUGUCCUGGGCAUCCCACACUCUAAGGGCAAGCUGGUGGUGAGCAUAGCUGAGGAUCUGCUCCGCACUGCAGCCCAGAACAGCCGUCUGUCCCUGCAGCGUACCCAGGCUGGCUGGCUGCUGCUGGGAGCCCUGAUGACCCUGGGACCCUCCCUGGUGCGCUACCACCUGCCCAAGAUGCUGCUGCUGUGGAGGAACGUGUUCCCGCGCUCCCAGAAGGAGCUGGAGGCGGAGAAGGCCAGAGGAGACUCCUUCUCCUGGCAGGUCACUCUGGAGGGCCGGGCUGGAGCCCUCUGUGCCAUGCGGAGCUUUGUGGCCCACUGUCCAGAGCUGCUGACCGAGGAUGUGAUCCGCCGGCUGAUGACUCCUGUAGAGUGCGCCAUGACCAUGAUGUCACAUGUCCCUGCCGUCAUCAAGGUCCACGGAGCUCACCUGAAGGCCAGCGCUGCCAUGGUCAGACUGAGGCUGUACGACGUCCUGGCUCUCCUGCCCCCCAAGACAUACGAAGGCAGCUUCAACGCUCUCCUGAGGGAGCUGGUGGCUGAGUUCACCCUGACAGACAACUCCGCUAACACCACCACCUCCCUGCUGCGCUCGCUCUGCCACUACGACGACAGCGUCCUCAUGGGUUCCUGGCUGCAGGAGACCGACCACAAGUGCAUCGAGGAUCAGCUACAGCCCAACAGCGCGUCAGGCAGCGGGGCCCUGGAGCACGACCCCUCCUCCAUCUACCUGAGAGUCCCCGUGGGCGAGGCCAUCCCCGGGCCCCUCCCCCUGGGCGUGUCGGUCAUCGACGCCUCCGUCGCCCUGUUUGGCGUGGUGUUCCCUCACGUCUCCUUCAAGCACAGGCUGCAGAUGCUAGACCACUUUGCAGAGUGUAUAAAACAGGCCAAGGGUGUUCGCCAGCAGGCGGUCCAGCUGAACAUCUUCACUGCGGUUCUGAGUGCUCUGAAGGGCCUCGCAGAGAACAAGAGCACGCUGGGUCCUGAGGAGGUGAGGAAGUCUGCGCUGGCGCUGGUAAUGGGAGCCCUGGACAACCCUAACCCCAUCCUGCGCUGUGCUGCUGGGGAGGCGCUGGGCAGGAUGGCCCAGGUGGUGGGAGAGGCCACCUUCAUCGCCAGGAUGGCUCAGUACAGCUUCGACAAGCUGAAGUCGGCCCGUGACGUGGUGUCCAGGACGGGUCACUCCCUGGCGCUGGGCUGCCUGCAUCGCUACGUGGGCGGGAUCGGCUCCGGGCAGCACCUGAAGACCAGCGUGAGCAUCCUGCUGGCCCUGGCCCAGGACGGCAGCUCCCAUGAGGUCCAGACUUGGGCGCUGCACUCGCUGGCUCUGAUCGUGGACUCCAGCGGGCCCAUGUACCGGGGCUACGUGGAGCCCACCCUGUCCCUGGUGCUCACCCUGCUCCUCAGCGUGCCCCCCUCCCACACGGAGGUGCACCAGUGCCUGGGCCGCUGCCUGGGGGCCCUCAUCACCACCGUGGGGCCCGAGCUGCAGGGUAACGGAGCCACCAUCUCCACUAUCCGCUCGUCCUGUCUGGUGGGCUGUGCCAUCAUGCAGGAUCACUCGGACUCUCUGGUGCAGGCAGCUGCCAUCUCCUGUCUGCAGCAGCUGCACAUGUUCGCCCCUCGCCACGUCAACCUGUCCAGCCUGGUGCCCUGCCUCUGUGUGCACCUGUGCAGCUCUCACCUGCUGCUGCGGCGCGCUGCGGUGGCCUGUCUGAGGCAGCUGGCCCAGAGGGAGGCUGCAGAGGUGUGUGAGUACGCCAUGAGCCUGGCCAGGAAGGCCGGGGACCCCAAGGGCAGCAGCCCCCUCAAGCUGAACAUCACAGAGACGGGUCUGGAGGGGGUCCUGUUCGGCAUGCUGGACCGAGAGACAGACAGGAAGUUGUGCUCAGACAUCCACGACACCCUGGGUCACAUGCUGUCCUCCCUGGCGGUGGAGAAGCUCUCCCAUUGGCUGAAGCUCUGUAAGGACGUCCUGGCUGCCACCACGGAGGUAGGGGGCGCUGUGGUCCCUCUGGACCGCGGGAAGGACGAGGAGGACUCUGAGAAGAAGGAUGAGAUGGACGAUGACAUCAUGUUCACCUCCCUGGGCGAGGAGGACAAGGCCAAGCCGUCCGUGGCGCCCCGCUGGGUGACGCGGGUAUUUGCGGCCGACUGUUUGUGCCGCAUCAUCCUGCUGUGUGAAAACGAUCCCAAGAACCACUUUGACCUGGCUGCUGCCCGCGCCGCCAAGGCCAAGGACCCCAAAGGUGACCUGCUGGUGCUGCACUUGUCUGAUCUGAUCCGCAUGGCCUUCAUGGCUGCCACGGACCACAGCAGUCAGCUGCGCAUGGCCGGGCUGCAGGCCCUGGAGGACAUCAUCAAGAAGUUUGCGUCCGUGCCGGAGCCUGAGUUCCCGGGCCACGUGAUCCUGGAGCAGUACCAGGCCAACGUGGGAGCUGCUCUGAGACCCGCGUUUUCCCCGGACACACCAUCUGACAUCACCGCCAAGGCCUGUCAGGUGUGCAGCACAUGGAUCGGCAGUGGUGUGGUCAGUGACCUGAACGACCUGCGCAGAGUCCACAACCUGCUGGUGUCGUCUCUGGACAAAGUGCAGGCUUCGGAAGGGCUCCCAGCCAGCUCU